AUGGAGAAGGUGAACAUCGAACCUUGUGUGAAGAUGGACACCCAAACCCUUGACCUUCUCAAGAUAAGAGAUGAUGUCACAUGGUACAUAAGGAAGCUAGGCUUGAGCAAGCUCUUCAAGCUAGAGUGUAGCGAUGCCAAUGGGCGCAUCUCCAUCUCAGCUCUAUGCCAACUCUUUGGACUUCCCAAUGAGACAGCACAUGACUUCAAGGAGAACUCAAAGAGGAAACAAGCUGCCUUUGCUGAUUGGACACACUUUGCCAAUGAACCAUUCUUGCCUUCAAGAUCAAAGGUGUCUAGAAUCACUCAUCCAGCCAUUCGCUAUGUGCACCGCCUCAUCUCCACCACUUUCCAAUGCAAACAAGAAGCCAACAAGGUCACAACUGAUGAGUUCUACAUCCUCACCACACCAUUCAUCAAGCAUGAGUACAAGGCCAACCUUGGACUUUUACUUGCCAAGACAUUCAUCAAUGUGAGGAAGCUAGCUCAAGACUUGGAAGGCAACAAGAAGCUUUGUGUUCGUUUUGGGAGGCUUAUCACGGCCAUAGUACAACAUGUGGGGAUUGACAUUCCCAACUAUGAGCCACUACCCAAGCCAACCCCUUUGGAUCUCCAUGCUCUUCAGCACAUCCACUUCCUAAACCGUUGGACUAAAGACCCAACUCGGUUUUGCUAUGAGUUUCCAAUUGGUCCAGCCAACACUUCCCUUGUCUUGCUGCCACAUGAAGACAUCCCAAGCCUACGCUCAGGUGUUGUCACUUUCCAGCCCAAUGAGGAAGACUUCUAUGUUCCAUCAAGUGAGAAACCAUCAUUCCCCAUGCUCACCUAUCGCACACUUCAGCAUGCAGUCAAGACUCAACGCCGCCACCAAGAACGCCAUGUUCUCACUACUGGCAUGGCCGCGAACCAAGCUCUAGACCGUGUAAGCAAGCUGGAGAAGAUGUGGAAUGCCAAUCUCGCUUCAUCUCACGCCUAG